GAGGGUGUGUGUUUGUCUAUCUGUCAGCGGUCGCCUGUCUUGUCUUUGGCGGCGCUUUAUUCAAUAUGACCCACAGUGUACUCUCACAACAACAGACAUCAAAGAGAAACGCACACUCACCUGGCUGUGUAAAUGCAGGUCGACACAACCUGACAGUCAGGCUGCAUCCUGGACCUGAAGAGGAGCACGUACAAGUAUGACGGAAGGGAUGAAUGCAGCGAAAGAGGUGGAGCAGGUGGAGUCUGGAGGACUUCAGUCACACUCUGCAGGCUCCGCUGAGGACCAGAAUGAAGACAGUCCAAAACAAAAAAAGUCCAGAUCAGGCCCUCAGGUCGGCGGUCUGUCUCGCUGCGCCGCCUGCUACAAACAGAAUGCAAGCUCCAUGCAUCGUUGGGGGGACGACGGCGAGUCCAGCUCUUCAGCCGAAGACUCUGGACCGGAGGUGGACUUGGAGUCAGAGGCCGAGUCCAGCUCCAGCAGUAGCUCCAGCAGCAGCAGCUACUCUGAGAAAGCGUCGCCUGUACCUGGAGAUGGUGCUGAUGCUGAAUCUGGAGUAAAAGAUGGUGACGGACGAGACGAGGCGUCUCGUAGCCAGGAAGAUAAAAGCAGGGCAAAGAGGCCUAGAAGAUCUCCACUUGUCAAGUCUUUCUCCCUGCCCACCUCCCUCACCCCUCACCUUACCCCUCUGUCCCUCCUGCCCCGCCCUCAGACAGUCGUCUCAACCCUCCACCUGCAGGUGUUGUCCCAGGACGACGGCGACUGCUUCUACAUCGUCAAACAGCAGCUGCCUGGGAGAGAGGAGGAGGAGAAAACAGGGGAGAGUCACAGAGGACGAGAAGGAAUCAACAGUGGGCAGCCUCCGCAAGCGUUUCAGUCGCAGCAGACGGGGUUAUCAUGGCAACAGAGGUCACAUCCAACAUUACAGCAACACCAGCUGUCAUACCAACAACAACAUCAGCAACACUUUUCUCCUCUCUCAGCUCAGGCUCAAAGGUUACCACCACCCAGGCACACACUUCCUGUUCCUCACCCCCCGAUGCUCCACACCCCCCUACAGAUCCUUGAUGCAACCCAGACACAUCUGCAUGCACCCCAGACACGUGUGCAUGCACUCCAGACACAUCUGCAUGCACCCCAGAUACAUGUGCAAGGACCCACUCCACAACUAUGCUGGUACUGCUACAGUAUGCACUUUCCUUACAUGUACUAGACUCAUUGAAUAUGUACAAACAUCUGUACAAUACAAAAUGUAGUUAAAGC